AUACUAUACAAGUGCUCAGGCUGUUGUACAUCCCAGCGUCCUGAUACCACACAAUUCGAUGUGUCAGUGCCUGGACAUCAUAUCAGUACGUACAAGGUCGUUCGCCGUGCUACCGCUGUCUUUUAUUGUUGUUCUCCUUGUGCCCGGAUCAGGACGGUUGCGACCAAGUUUCGAAAGCCCGUUGUCAGAACAGUUCUCAGGCGAUAACUCACUGGCAUUAGGUAAGAGUAAAGACUGGUGGGCAUUGUUGUUGUUGCCGGUUCUAGAAGCUCGUCUACUGUCAUUGGGACUCCAGGGACCGUGAUUUGACAAUCCAGGUCACGGAAUAGUGCGUGCACUGCUACAGGUCGAAUCGCUAUAACAGCACGAGACUUCGCUUGCCGUAUCGUCGCAUUUGGACUCCCCCACUCCCCUCACUCUCUCUUAUUCAAAUUUCCAUCAUCAUGUCCUCGAGCGAUAGGUUCUCUACGUGCGACAGCCUCGGGGAGGAAGCAGUUACGGUUCGCGGGCCGUCCGUGCUGCUGAUCAAGGUCGUUGGACCUCUGGUGCCCUUUGUUAUCCUCCGGCAGGGCGACAAAGCUCAGGCCCUGACACUGAAGCUGCUCGAAGAAACCCACGACAUAAUGGACGAAUCCUUGCACAAUGAGCUUCAAAGUCGAUACGAGAGGCUUGAAGAACACAGACGCGGCAUCAAGGGCGGAAUCAUAGGGCACAUGCGGCAAUAUGAGAAAGUCUACACGUAUCAAUCUGGGGCAAUCAAUUUGAACGGAAGGACUGUGAAAUCUUCACAAUAUGCGCGGAGUGUGCAGAUGUGGUUGAAGAAAGGAAAGUCUGAGUUCCCUCGGCUCACGCUCUGCAGGAAAAGCUCAACCAGCUCAGAGUUGACCCUAAAGACUGUGAGACAAGGGGUCCAAGACCCACCCGCGGCACCGGCAUCCUCCGAACCCCUGCCUGAUCUGGAACUCGCAGAUCUCACGAGUAAACGCGCCGAGAGGGAGUCUACCAUCCACACAAAGGCUACGACAAAGAGAUGGAAAACCUACGUUAAGCCAUCGAACACAGACACCUUCCGCGACAGCGAGUCUACUACUCCAUUUUCCAUCGACAUCGGCAUGAACGUCGACAGCGACGCACAAUCCUCUGAUACAGACAGUGAGUCUGGCGUCGAAAUUAGCGUCAGUUGGGGCCCGUCAGAGUCGGAGGUCGCAGUUGAGCCCCGAGACGAUGUGUGAACGACAUAUGAGCGACCUCAGUCAAUCAACGGGGAUGCAUGUCAGAUCAAUUACCGGUGCGCGGGUCGUGCUUAAAGUUCGCAUAUUGCGCUGGUAGCAAGUAAUCUAUACUAGAUAUUACUUGAUGUAUGGUGAUCAUUAGCUGGUAUGCGCAUGGGGCUAUGUUUCAACGUCGAAGAGCAGCUCACCCGGAUUCGCCAUGGUCGUACUAGUAAGUUAAGC